UUCAAACCCUAGCAGCCACAACACCAUCUCUGGAAUAGCAUCGGCACCUGCUUCCUAAAACCAAAACCACACAAACUCGGCUUCAUUUUUGUAACUCGAGAGCUUCGGUGGGAUGAAGGAGAAGUGCAGGGAGAUGGACUCGAGUCGGCGGGCGGAAGAGAUCUUCAGGGAUUACAGUGGUCGGAGAAUCUCUGACCUUUUGGGUGAUGUGGUUUUCUCAUGUGGACAGAGAGAGAGAGAUAGGAGGAGGUGACCUAGAACUCACCGCAGGCCUGUAAUGCUUAUGCUUCACCGGGGCCUCGAUUUGCAAGCUUUGUGGCUUAUCAGAGGCUACCGUAUUUGGAUUUUGCUGGAAGAAGGUUUCGAAUUGGACGAUUGGAAGACAAAAAGGUUAUAAUUGUUAUGACUGGAUUGAGCAUGCUCAAUGCAGGCAUCUCAACUCAAUUACUACAAACCCUAUUCAAGGUGAAAGCUAUUGUACACUAUGGAAUUGCAGGAAAUGCAGAUCCCCAACUCCAAAUUGGAGAUGUCACCAUCCCUCAAUUUUGGGCGUAUACAGGCCUUUGGAAUUGGCAGAAUUUUGGGUCGUUGGAGGCAGAAGUUGGUUGCUUUGCUUGGCAUGAUGAGGACUUCAUUAACCGUUUAGAAGCGCAGCCAACGAUGCGAGAGCAGAAGGGGAGCAAGCAUGUGAGUGCGGAAGACUUUGCUGCUUGAACAAGAACGACUGCUGCAGGGCGUUCUACAUGUUUUUGGCUUUCAACAUUUUUGCUUCAAGACUUAGCUGCUUGAACAAGAACGAAACUCCAUCUUAACUGCAAGGCAAAAUAUGUGUGGACUGCAUGUUACUUCUCCUGCAUGUUUUUUGCUUUGCACGUUUGUCCUUGAAAACUUAGAUGCUAGAAUAAGAACGAAACAGUUUUUAUGUUGCCUAAUCUACAUGAUAUAUAUUUUGCCACAUUGACUACAAGGGCAAGAUUUGUGUGAACUGUAUGUUACUUCUGUUUAUUAGGGAACCAAAACGUUCAGUUUCGUCCUGUUCAUGGUACAAUGUCUUUUCAUGUCAGCUCAGUUGAAUGUAUAUAAAAACGAAGCUGCAUAUCUUACUAACCUCAUUCA